CCGCCUUUCUCAAUGGCUUUGGUUCCGAUAAAAGCCCCGUUGAGGACAUGUGUAUUCAUUUGCGAAUCCUGCUCAAGAACUCUUCGCGCCCGGCGUAACCCCCACUUUCGUAUCUCGAACCCUCCCCGCACAUCCACACCAUUCUCCACCACAUCCCCACUCCGCACUUCACGACCUCUACGCCCUCAGCAAGCCACAUUCACUGCCCACCGGACUUCUAAUGCUCGCACCCAACAUCGUCCGCCUCGACGAGACUAUGCUACAAACCCGACUAUCUCCAGUCUCAGGCACGAGAAGCCGCUCAACAUCGCACCGCUCCACCACCGCCGCCUAAUAUCCCUCUCCGGCGCCGACGCCCCAAAAUUCCUCCAGGGGCUAAUAACCAACAACGUAGACCCGGGAGUCCUCUCCCCGUUCUACGCCGCCUUCCUUGAUGCUCGUGGACGGGUGCUGUGGGAUGUGUUCAUAUGGCCACAGACAACUCCUGGAGAAGCCUGGGGGUGUUAUAUUGAAGUCGAUGGAGGAGAGUUAGAGGCAUUACUGCGACAUCUGAAGAAGCACAAGCUCCGUUCCAAGAUCAAUUUGAGAACUUUAGAUGCGGAUGAAGUGAAAGUAUGGGCAGAUUGGGCAGGCGUCACCAUGCAUAUGGAUUUACCAGCUGGAAAUUUAGCUUUUCUGACGGACCCACGGGCUCCAUUUCUCGGAACACGGUUCCUGCUUUCUGGGCCUGGGUCGGAGAAUCUCCCGGAAUUAGACGAAGAAUGCCGUGUGCAAGGGACAGGUCGGCAAUACCAGGUCUGGAGAUAUAUCAACGGGGUACCAGAAGGUCCGGCAGAAAUCCCAAGAGAGAUCGCAUUACCCAUGGAGAGCAAUAUUGAUUUAAGUGGGGGUAUUGAUUUCCGCAAAGGCUGUUAUGUGGGCCAGGAGCUAACUAUUCGCACCAAGCAUACGGGUGUUGUUAGGAAGCGGAUUCUGCCUGUUCAACUGUAUCAUACAGGCGAGGAACUGGAAGAGGAUGGACUGCCGCGCUAUGACCCCGCCUGGACGGGUGAGGUCGAUAUAGGUGCGGAUAUCAAGGAAUUAAAUGGGGAAGGGGAGAUUAAGAAGGGGCGAGCGGCUGGCAAGUUGCUUGCAGGUAUUGGGAAUGUGGGACUUGCGCUUUGUCGCCUGGAGAUGAUGACGAGUUGGCGGGUUAGUGCGGAGGGUGGGAGUUGGAAACCUGGAGUAGAGUUUGGUCUUCAGGGGAAGGAUGGGGUGAAUGGGGAUGGGAGAUUGGUAAGGGUUAAAGCUAUUGUACCACCGUGGUUGAGGGUGAGGGAGAAGGAGAUUUGGGAGAAGGGGAGGUCGCAGCAUGGGUGAUGGGUUGGAAAAUCGAUAAUGUACCAAUACGAAUGUGUGUAUGUACAGAGCGCUGAA